CCAUUUCUUUUCCCUUUUCCCUCGUCAGUCUCUUUAACCUCUCUCUAUAUAACUAUCAUAUUGCCUCAUAUAUUCAGAACGAAAUCACCUAAAACACCAAGCUUAAUAUCUCUACUCAAACAGCACCCAUUCACAUAGAAAAUAAUCUUUUCUUUACACACAAGAAAUUAACCAUGCAGAAGACUACUUCAUCUUCAUCAUUUGGUCCUGGUGGUCUAGACCUAAGCCAAACUUUCUUCAAGUCAAUUUCCAAUACUGCCCCUCCAUCACCAACAAAGCGCCACACUAAAAUUUCCGUCAUCGGCGUCGGUAACGUCGGCAUGGCCAUUGCUCAAACUAUUCUAACCCAAGACCUCGCCGACGAACUCGCACUCGUUGAUGCUAAAUCCGACAAGCUCCGAGGCGAAAUGCUUGAUCUUCAGCACGCAGCUGCCUUUUUGCCCCGUACUAAAAUCCACGCGUCAAUUGAUUACUCUGUUACUGCCGGGUCGGAUCUUUGUAUUGUUACAGCGGGUGCCAGACAGAAUCCGGGUGAGAGUAGGUUGAAUUUGUUGCAGAGGAAUGUGGCUCUGUUUAAGAGUAUUGUUCCUCCGCUGGUGAAGUACUCGCCCGAGACUAUACUUUUGAUUGUUUCGAAUCCGGUGGAUGUGCUGACUUAUGUUGCUUGGAAGUUGUCUGGGUUUCCGGCGAAUCGGGUUAUCGGGUCUGGAACGAAUUUGGAUUCUUCUAGGUUUCGGUUUUUGAUUGCUGAUCAUCUUGAUGUUAAUGCCCAGGAUGUCCAGGCAUACAUUGUUGGGGAGCAUGGUGACAGCUCUGUAGCACUAUGGUCAGGCAUUAGUGUGGGAGGAGUUCCAGUUCUUAGCUUUCUGGAAAGGCAACAAAUUGCCUUAGAAAAGGAAACACUGGAAACAAUCCACAAGGAAGUUGUGCAGUGUGCAUAUGAAGUAAUUGGUCUGAAAGGUUACACAUCAUGGGCAAUUGGCUACUCUGUUGCUAACUUGGCUCGAACCAUCCUUCGCGGUCAAAGACGGAUUCACCCUGUCUCUGUCCUCGCAAAGGGCUUCUAUGGCAUUGAUGGUGGAGAUGUGUUCUUGAGCUUGCCUGCACAGCUCGGUAGAAGUGGCGUUUUGGGCGUGACGAAUGUACAUCUUACUGAUGAGGAAACUCAGCAACUUAAGAACUCUGCUAAGACCAUCUUAGAAGUGCAAUGCCAGUUGGGAAUUUGAAAUUGAGUAGCAACUACUAUUAAGUUUACAUUGUAGUUUCCUUACCAGUGCUAUUACAUUGUUGUUUCUACCAUACAGUUUAUUGUAUUUUGUUUUCCUAACACGAAUAUUUCCUUAGGAGGAAAAUAGUGAGAAUAACGUGUGUUACAGCAGUUGGUCUUGUGACAACUUUGCUGCCUGCUAGUGCGCUGUGGUACUAACUUAUAAAUAAAUUGCAACAGCACCUGCCUGUUUGGUACAAUUUUGAUUUA